AUGAGCGACCGGAAGCCAAACGUGAAGUUCGCGGACAUCAGCGAGGAGAUGCAGAAUGACGCAAUGACGGUGGCCACGAAGGCAAUUAAGGAGCACCAAAUGGAAAAGGAUAUCGCCGCCCAUAUAAAGAAGGAGUUUGACAAGCGCUACAAUCCCACCUGGCAAUGCAUUGCUGGUCGAAGCUUUGCUGCUGACGUUGUUCACGAAAGCAAGCACCUUAUUUAUUUUUAUGUUGGUCAGAUGUCAAUUCUUUUGUGGAAGACGGGCUGA